AUGAAAAGAGGAGAAAGCCAGGCGCCUGAUGCCAUCUUUGGUCAAUCUCGUGCAUUUGCACUAUCUGAUUCUUCAGUGAAUCCUGAUGUCAUUGAAUAUCUUAAAAGUGUUAGGCAAGAAGCACUAAGAACCAACGCCAUAUCGAUUAAGAAUCAUAUGAAUCUGCAAAAGAGGACGCGUCACAAAUCAAGCAUGUACGAUGAUGAGGAUGAGGGGGCCCUUAAAAGGCACGCCAUCUCGCCAUCCUUGAUUAGGCUUCAAAGGAAUGUAGAAAUAUGGGUAAGGUGGUUUAACUCUGUGAAGGCGACGGUGUUGACUAAUGCCUACGAGUUUACCGGUUAUGAGGACGAAACACUGGAUCUUUUAUUGCUUUUCUUAAAGAAUUAUCUCGAAGAUAUGCCCAGCAAAUGUACUACAGUUGAAAAAAUUAUAAGUGUCCUAAAUCAGCAUUCCUUUCCUGAGAAGGCAGAAGAGAAGGAAGAAAAUCUUCAGAUUGAUGAGGAAUGGGCGAAGAAUAUUUUGGUACGGCUGGAAAAAACCAAGAUUGACAGUGUUGAGGAUGUAAAAAAAGUAAUCACUGAAGGAGAUAAACAUGAACUAGUUGGAUACAACCAGUGGUUCCAAUACCUUAUAAACAAUGAACCGCAGCAUACUACUUUUCAUGAAAAGAUUACCUCUAAGCAACUUUGGGUUCUGAUCAAGUAUAUGUCGAAUACAUGGAUAAAAGAAAUACACAAGAAAGGAAGGCAUUAUCGUCGGCUGCAAGAUUGGCUAUUCUACAUACUGGUACAUACACCCGAAAGAGUCACGGCAGAAUAUACAAGCAUCUUGAGAGAUCUUGGAAAGAAAUGCCUUGAACUGAUUCAAAAGAAGCCAGUUGAAGCACAUGAGAAUAAAAUAACACUCCCGAAGGAGAUGGCGGAAUUGAAUGUUGAGAUACCAGCCGCGGUGGAGAAUAUGACGAUAACUGAGCUGACAGUGUCUGUUAUAGCAGUGAACUAUGGUCAAAAAGACUUGAUAGAAUAA